CGUGAUUUGAGACGUUUAAAGCGUCUCUACGUAUUUCCGGUUUCGUGGCGAAAUACACAGAGAACAUUUUCAAGAGAAUCAGCUGUAAAACAGUGGAAAACAUGAUUUCAUUAACGGAUUCACAGAAGAUCGGGAUGGGGUUGACGGGGUUCGGUGUGUUUUUCCUCUUUUUUGGAAUGAUGUUGUUCUUCGAUAAAGUGCUCUUGGCUAUUGGAAAUAUCUUGUUUGUUGCGGGUCUCUCUUUUGUUAUUGGACUGGAACGUACGUUUAGGUUCUUCUUCCAGCGGCAUAAAAUUAAAGCUACUGGUUUCUUUCUGGGGGGUAUUUUCGUGGUGCUCAUUGGCUGGCCGAUCAUAGGUGUUGUUCUGGAAAUCUAUGGAUUUUUCCUUCUAUUCAGGGGCUUUUUUCCAGUGGCGGUGGGCUUCAUUAGACGGGUUCCCAUUCUUGGAUCUUUACUCAAUCUUCCUGGUAUCAGUGGGUUAGUGGAUAAAGUCGGCGAGAGCAACUCAAUGGUAUAACGGUCACAGGAUUUGUUUUUAGUUUCCAUGAGUGGCUCAUAUUUAUAUUUUUCAAAAUUUGUGCUUCUGGCUUGGCGUCUUGUCGGUCAACACUCUUUGAAUGUCUGAGAUGAGAUUUUUUAUACUGUACAUGUGGAGAAGUGUUUCUGGGGCUCAUUUCCACACCAAGUCCAGCGCUGUUAUUGUUGCUGCAUCACACGUCGGCCUCCAGGGGGCGAUAGGGACCAGUGCACCUCAAAACAACGGCGAGUGGGACGAGCGAGUGAAGUUUUACACCAGUACUCUAUUUUUCGAGAAAAUGAAUUUGGUUCUGAAUGAAGGUGUUACUGCAUUUUUGUAUUGCGCUUUUAUGUGCCAAUAAUAUUGUUCUUUUUUAAAUUGUCAAUAUUCGGAGGCUAAUUUGGACUUUUUCAACUUGAGCUCCACCUAGAGGAGUGGAGACUGUUUCAUCUCUUCUUACUCAAAGAGGAAAAUCAG